GACGGUAAGCAGUUGAAUUCUAGACUUGAUAGAGAUUGCUCGAGCUUGUCAUGCUGUGAUCGAGUGAAGUUAAAGUUGUCAGUUCGCCAGAGAUCUUCAGGUCAACCUCAAGGAGUCAAGUGCAAGGUCAGAGGUCAGAGGUCACCCGGCAAGAUGACCCUUCGCGCCCUGCCCUUCCAGUUCCUUAACCUCGGCGGUGAAAUGAUGUACAUCAUCGACCACAGACUCAGGGCGCAGAACAUCCCUACAGACAGGGCCAAUAAGGUUCGCAAUGACAUCAUCGGCAUCAUGCUCAACCGGCGCUUCGUGGAGGAACUUUUCAAGCCUCAGGAGCUCUACACGCGCACCGCCCUCCGUGAGGUUUUCGACCGUCUUGCGCAUGCGUCGAUUAUGCGGCUCAACACUCCCAGUAUGGAUAAGCUCUACGACCUGAUGGUGAUGGCGAUGAAGCACCAGGUCCUCCUCGCCCCCCACCCGCGCGACCUGCUCCUCCUCACCCUCAACCACUUGGACGCCCUCAGGGGGUUUGCCACGUCCACAUCCGUCCUCGCCCAGGUGGAAGGGACGCUGCUCCUCUUCACGCAGACCUACGGCAAAAUGCACAUGGGAGAGCUCGCGAGCAUCCGCCACGCCCUCCUGGGUUUCGUGCAGGACCUUCGCAUCCGCGUGUCGCUCUUCCUGAAGGAGAACCAGCAGAAUCCUUCGGGCGCCUUCGUCAUCGACACCGACGGGGCUGUGCCGUUUGGCACGGAGGUCCCCGGCAGCGUCCGCAUCUUCGACAGCAAGGAGGAGGUGACGGGCUUGAAGAGGUUCGUGACAGGAGGACACCACGCCCCCUCGCUGCCCGUCGGCUCGCUGGCACUCGUCGGGGAUCGGGUCACGGCGCUUGGCACUAACAUGUACUCCGGGCGGACCGAGGGAAGCGCAGCCCCGGCGAUGGAGCGCAGCGCCUUCGACCAUGGGACAGCCUACCCCCAUCAGACGCUUCCUGCACGGACAUCCACCCCUACGUUUCCCAGCGACUUCGACCAGAACAACUCCCCCCUGAGCGGCCGCGCGCGCAACGAACUCAACCUCCUCGCUCAGCUGAUCGGCGGGUCGGCGGCGGCGACCAACAAGGAGUUCAAGUUGAACCUUUUCCGGCGGACGAGGACGAGAGAAACGACAACGACCUGGACGACCUGCUUCUGGGGCGCGAUGUGAUCACUAUCGAGGCUGGCUGCCGCGGCGACCGACCCGAGCUGGGCAAGAUCAUGGGCGAGCUGACCUUGAACGAGGCCGACACCAUCGAGGACAAAGGUCAGGACCUUUUGGACCUUAUGGACAGCUGCUGAGAGAGUGACAAUGGCGUGCGACAGCCUCUUUCUGCCUGAGGGACGGUGGCAGUUCAUUUCCUAUUCGCUUCUCGGAAGCCAUUCCUGGGAAUGAUUUCCGAUCGGAAACACAUCACAAUAGGUGCAGUUGAGACACGUCUCAAUAUAUAUAUAUAUAUAUAUAUAUAAACAUACAUACAUAUAUACA